AUGGGAUGUGAGGAAGAGUACGAGUUAUGGUAUGCAUUAAACAGUAGUAAGACGAUGUCGUUGCCUUCCGCUGGGGGAUUGCUGAACAAUUUAUACGCUGAUUCGAGCAGUGGCUCGGAGACAUCCGACUACACCACUGAUGAUGACAGUGAGUAUACGGACACUGAGGAUGAGAGCGACAAUGGCGAACUGCCUGAUGACGAGCCCGCGCCCCCACCACGACCUAUCCGACCGUUGAAUGGCAAGAUACGCGUACACUGGGCCAAGUCUGAUGAUGAUAUGGACGUCUCGGACUUUUAUGAUAAGCUCGACCCUCCGGCAAUGGAGUUCCCUUUCGAACUUGACGACUUCCAGAAGCGAGCUGUGCUACGGGUCUCCCAAGGAGACAGUGUUUUUGUAGCCGCACAUACGAGUGCAGGGAAGACCGCUGUAGCUGAAUACGCAAUAGCUGAUGCUAUAAAGCAGGGUGGUAGGGCGAUAUACACGUCGCCUAUCAAGGCUUUGAGCAAUCAGAAGUACAGGGAGUUCACGCAGAAGUUUGACUCUGUCGGCGUUGUCACUGGGGAUGUCUCCAUCAACCCGUUGGCUAGUGUUGUUAUUAUGACAACGGAGAUAUUAAGGACGAUGCUGUAUAGGAAGGAUGAGAGCUUGGCUAACAUCAAGACUGUUAUUUUCGAUGAGGUGCAUUUCGUCAACGAUCCCGAUAGAGGAGUAGUCUGGGAGGAAUGUAUUAUUCUCAUGCCAGCCGAUGUCCCAAUGGUAAUGUUGUCGGCUACCGUACCAAACUAUCGUGAGUUCGCGGAUUGGGUGGGCCGGACCAAGCAGCGUACUGUGUAUACAGUGAGCACUGCGUACAGACCAACGCCUCUGUGCCACUAUCUGUGGUGGAAAGAGAAGCCGUAUUUGCUUAUGGACAACAAGGGAGUCUUCAAUACUGCGACGUAUAGGAAAAUAUACGAUGAGAUGAGAGCAUCUGAGGCCCCAGCGCCGAAUACUAAGCAGACUGUUGGGAAGGGCAAGGGCAAGGGCAAGGGCAAAGGAAAGGGCAAGGGUGUUCACCGAGCGCCAGCACCAAAGCAGCCCCUGACGGGAGAGUCCAAGAUCAGACUGGAAACUCAGAAGCUGCAGGGUAUGAUUAAAGCCUUGGAAACUGAAGACAAGCUACCUGCAACGGUUUUCGUAUUCUCGCGAGUGCGGUGCGAAAGAUACGCGAUGGGAAUGCCGCAUCUCGAUUUGCUUAGUGGCAGCGCUGAGCGAUCGAAAGUGCACGUGUUUUUGAAGGAGUCCUUUUCCAAGUUGGACGAGUCCGACCGAGAUCUGCCCCAGAUACAAGCAGUGACCGACUUGGCCCUAAGGGGCAUCGGAGUGCAUCAUGGAGGGCUGCUGCCUAUUGUGAAGGAAGCUGUGGAGAUCCUGUUCUCUCGUGGUCACAUAAAGGUGCUUUUUGCUACUGAGACAUUUGCAAUGGGCGUGAACAUGCCAGCUAGAUCGGUUAUUUUCUCAUCGAUACGCAAACACGAUGGGUCGAAGUUUCGGUAUCUGCUGCCAACAGAGUAUACGCAGAUGUCGGGCCGGGCGGGGAGGAGGGGCCUUGACAGUGUUGGGAAUGUGUAUGUACUGGCUGCUGAAGAGCUGCCGGAUCUGAAAGCUUUGACUACGACGAUGACCAGCAAGCACACUCCUCUACAGAGCCAGUUCAAGUUGACUUUCCAGAUGCUACUGCAAAUGGCAAAGUUGACACAUUGGAAAGCGGAGGAUUUGAUGAGCAGAUCGUACCUGGAGAAUGCAAGGGCGAUGCAGUUACCUACAGCGAAGAGAGAUCUACAGAGGUUAAAGAAGAGGCAGGCGGAUUUGCCCAAGCUGGAAUGCGUGUUAGGGGAGGAGGAUAUGCAUAGAUACGCCAAGUUGGAAUUGAAGUCCCGGCAUAUGACCAGCGACUUGUACGGUAAACUCUUUAACACUGAUCAUAAAAAGGUAUUCUGCCGAGGGCGGCUGGUCAUGGUGUGGAGUUUGCCGAACAUAAGGGUGUCGUCUCCAGCGGUGAUACUGGAAGCGAGCCCACCAUCUAUGAGCACCUCAGUGAUGGCUACCGUAGAUGUGUUGGUGGUGUUGAGGAGGCCCGUCCCUGAAAGCAGCCCGGCUGGUGAUAAUGGUUACACUGUGAGGAUCAAAAAUCUGCCGGUGAAGUCAGGCCUGCUCUUGGUCACUGAUCAUUGCCUUCCUCAUGGGGUUGACUUUUCUGAUGCGUUCGGUCUGGCUAGAGAGCUCCGACGAUGCGAAGAGGCAGGGCAGUUCGAUGAGCCUUUGGAGCUUGGGAAAAAUCUGAAGCAGAUUCAAACGGAGUAUUUUGAUACGCUGAUUGGCGUUAAAGAUCUCACUAUGACCAAGAUGCACAGUAAAUGCCAUCGCUGCCAUCUGCGGCAGGAGCAUUUCGAUUUAGUGGUAGAGGAGGGGGAGAUUACGCACGACAUUGAGGACCUUGAGUUCAAGAUUGAUGAUUCUUCAUUGUAUCUGGCAUCAGCUCGAGAGAGGAUGCUGAGAGUGCUCAUGGACUUGGACGAGCUUGAUAAGAAUACUAUGCAGAUAACGUUGAAGGGAAGGGCGGCUAGUGAGCUGGUGUUGGGUGAUGAACUCACUCUCACUGAGCUUCUGUUCUGCAAUGAGCUCGGCGAUGCUGAUGUGCCCUCCUGUGUGGCACUGGUCUGUUGCUUUGCGUGCGACUCGGGCGUGUCGCAGAUGUCGCAUGAGGCGGCUGAGGUCCUCCUACCUCCAGAAACGGUGAAGCUACUGGAGAGAGCAAUGGAGAUGCACGGCAAAGUGGCGGAUGUGUUGACCAAAGAAAGGGUGGAGACAGACUGGACUGAAUUUGACAAGCAGUUAUGUCUCGGCAUAGCCCCACUGGCUCAUGCCUGGGCUAGAGGGGUGCCCUUUGCUGAACUGAUGACCGCCGAGCCGAUCUCGAGCAAGGACGAUGAAGAAGUCUAUUACUCUCUGUGGAAACCAGGUGACAAACCGCUACAAGAAGGAGCUGUGGUUAGGAGUAUUCAAAGGUGCGACGAGUUGUUCAGACGCUUGGGGAAGGCCGCUGAGGUCAUGGGCUCCACGGAAGUGGUGAAUAAAGUAGAGCAGUGCCGAGAGGCUAUACGUAGGGAUAUAGUCUUUGCGUUGAGCCUCUACCUAGACCGAGAUGUAGAAAAGCAGCAGUCAAAGCAAGCAGUGGAGGAGGGCGAAGGAAGCGUUCCCGUUGAUACAGUAUCAUAG